AUGGAUGCCGAAACGGGGGUAUUCCCUGAUAUCAACAAACCCAAACAAGAUGAAGAUAAGCAUCAAAGAAUGGCCUCCUUAAUGGACAAGCUUCGGGCUCGGAAUCCACAACAUAAGGUCUGGACUGAUAGUAAAUUGAUUAAGACUCCUAAUAUGGCAGAAAAACGUCAUGUAGAAUCUACAGAUAAAGUUCUGGUUCAGAAUUGUUUGGAUUCCAUACAGAGAGCCAUUAAAGUGUGCAAUCAUCAGUCGCUGCUAGAACGAUUAGAAUCUAUAGCAAGACAAGUUGGACUUACAUUCGGGACUGAUAAUGACUUACAAGUUUUUAUUAGUUCUGAUAUGUUUUUUAUUGAAAUUCAACUUGAAAAAGGUGGUUUUAUAAAAGAUGUAAAAAUAGUUCAUCAAGGAGAUCCAGUGAGUUGUCCUGAGUUAACAGAGAUUUUGCAAGAUGGAAAGUUUGAUGAAUUUAUAACCCAUCUUGAAGGUUUACAGAAAAUUUAUCAAUUAACGGGUGAUAAAAAAAUUAAAACAAAGGGUUAUUUAGCUUUACAGUCCAUAGAAAAAGAUCUCAACACUUUAGCACAGCUUCAAAGUUCCACUAUAAAUGGAGUAGCCAGAUAUAUCCAUAAAACACCUUUGGGUAUAUUGCUACCUAGGAAAGGAGGUUUACCAAUGGAGUUGAUGUAUUUUGUCUCACCAUAUGAUUUAUUAGAUAAAUUAAGUAAAACUGCUCAUCCGCUUACUCUGGAAGCUAUAACAGAGUUUAAUUUAGGGCAAAGAGUAACAAUAUGUAUGGAACCAGGACCCCCUAAGAAACUACAAACUAUGCCUUUAAUGACUAUUAAUAAAACAACAGAUGGCAAGAGUCUACCAUCUUAUACUAAUAUUAGUAACAUCAAUAGUCACUUACUACCAGCCUGUUUUACUCUAGUAUUAAAACAACCUAUUCCAGUAUCUUUAUCUGUUGUCCAGAAGAUCCAGUCCAUAACUAAUAUAGAAAUUGGUGAAGUUGGCGAUGUGAAGCCAUUAUUAAAUCUAUUAAUAGAGAAAUAUUCUCAGGGUAAAAUACAACCAGAUCAAAUUAGACAGCUAUAUGUGAACUUGCCAGAUCAGCACCAUACAUAUUUUAUAAAUGGUGUAAAUGGUGGAUCUUUAGAUCAGCCAGGAUUAAUGGUAUCUUCUGUUCCUUUUGUACAUCCUACUAGUGUACCGAGAAUAUUGAACUGUUUACGACAGCAGUUACUUUUUAAUACUGUAGUUAGUUCAGUUAUUAGACCCAAUUCUGUUAAAGAUGCUAAAAGUUCUGUAGUUUGUGAAUUAACAACGAUUUCAAUGCAACAAUUAACUGUAACAUUUGAACAUCCUGCUCAUGAUGACAUAAUAUCAAUUGAAAUCGAUCUAGGAGAUAUAACUAAUUUAAAAUGCAAAGUUGUGUCAACUUCGGAAGAGUCUCUGUGUUCUGAUGAUCUUGCCUCAAGAAUAUUUACUAGGUGCAUGUCAGUACCAAUAACAGUUCGGACUAUCUUUAAGAAAGGAAAAGAUCUCCUUCAGAAAGCUACUGAUGAAGCUAAAGCAGCUAUGAGACCACCAGCAAUUCCUCCACUAGUCAUCAAGCCACGACCACCACCACCAUAUCUACCACCUCCUCAACAAUUGACUCCAACGAUGCUUCCUACAAAUCAACAGCAGAUGGACAUGUAUCCAGCACCACCACCAUACUCCAACAUUCGUUCAAUGAGUCAUGAAAUGGUGUCUCCACCAAACUCAGUGGAGAAAACCACUCCUCUUUUAGCUAAUUUGUUAGAUCAUGAUGGUGAUACGCCAACUGAUUCCACCGAUAGCCCAAUGCUAUCCAGACUCCUGGAGGAGCAGCCAACUGGUUCAGUGAUAACACUUCCUCCAGGACCAAUUCCUCAACCACAUCAGCAGCAACAGCACCAUCAACAACAGCAUCAUCAACAAAUGCCAUCACAGCCACAAAUGUCGGUUGCACAACAGCAUAUGAUGGUGCAGCAGCAUCAGUUGUCAUCCCAGCAACAACAAAUGGCUUCCCAGCAACAUCAAAUGGCAUCCCAACAACAAAUGGCUUCCCAGCAACAUCAAAUGGCAUCCCAACAACACCAAAUGGCAUCUCAACAGCAUCAAAUUUCAUCCCAUUCUCCAAGUCUACAGCAACAGAAAAGAAUGCGGAAAAGACGUUCAGCUACUGAUGUAUUUACAGGACGCAGUCCAAAGCACAGAAUAAGUGAUAGUAGUGGUGGUUUUGAUAGACUUGAUACUUUUGAUAUGGACAAUUCAAGUAGCCCUUUUGAUGCGGGUGGUGGUGGGAGCAUCGGAGGGAGUGCAGGCCUUGGAGGAAAUUUUCAAGCCUCUGGAUCUUUAGGCAGUGUCAUUGAUUUGACUGAAGAUGCAUUUAGCGGGGAGUCGAGUUUAAAGAAACUUGCUGAUAGUGUUGAUAAUAUUCCUCGUGAAAUGAGUCGACAAGCCAGUAUACCAGAUUCAGAGCUGUCAGCUUUACUUGCUGAAGGUGAAGUUGGUGGUAGACCUUUGAUUUCUAGAAGUUCACCACAGAAUUCAAAAAACGAGAAGGCCUCUAUCUCUCUUGAGGGUCUCCUCAGUGAGGUGGGAGAUAACGACGAGGCGGAUGACCCUAUUCUUGCCAGCCGACAUUUGGUUCCAGCCCCAGGGCCUAGGUCGGACAAUCAAAUUCAAGCAGAUACGUACAACUCAACGCUUGAUGUCAACUUACGCAACGAACUCUUUGGAACUGAUUUGGAAACGUCUAAAAGUGUCCAGCAACUUAUGACACACCGCGUUCCUCAGUCCCAUGAUUUGUUGGAUUCUAAGUAUAAUGCCAUAUAUGGCAAAAGUAGUGCAAAAGUGAACUCUGAUCUCUCAACUGAUAAGAAAGAAAUCACUGGUAUUUUUGAAAAGUUGGAAAAUCUUAAGGGUGAACAGUUGAAAAAAGAAAAAACUGAGUCAGUGGAUAGAGCCGAGUCUGGAGGUAGUAUGAAGUUAAAACUCUCUACCUCAGGUUUUCGUGGUGGAGAAGGUCGUUUGAUAUCUUCGCCUGCUUACUCUAGUGAACCGGUAGUGACCAAAAAGUCAGGAUCUUGUACAUUUGAUUUUACUAGUGAUGAAUCAGAUGAAGAGCCACCUUCUUUAGGUUAUUCUAGUUCAGACCGUUUGUCUAUGACUGUUUAUUCUCAAUCACCAACAAGACUCUCAAUUUCAAAUAAAGCAAAAAACUCUGAUUCCCUGCUCAAGAAAACUGAAAAAUAUAAACGAAAAGAAGCCAAAUACAAUUUAAAAGGUGAUUCUGUGAAGCGUAAAAAGUUAAAAGAUGAAUCUAAAAAGGAGAGAAAAAAGCGAAAAAUGACUGAAGGUCAGGCUGUUUAUCAUUCUGUGGAAAGUGAUCAAAGAACGGUUACAAAAUUGAAAAUCCGUGUGGCUAAAGAACCAACAGUGGUUUUGCCAGAUUCUCCUGAUAAGGAUAAAUUCGGAGAUAGUGUGAAGAAACAAACUGUGGAAAAAUAUGUUGUUUCUCGUCAAGAUUCUAAAGAAUCAUCGAAAAGUCAGAAAUCUCUCCAUCGUUCAAAAUCUUCAUUGAACUCUCAGGGUAGUUCAGAAAGUGGUAAAGCUGACCCUAAAUUAGCUAAAGCAACAAUCCGUUUAAAACCACUUCAAAUUCCAAACCCAGGUUCAUCAGUGACAGUUAACGCAGGACAAAAAUCAGGUAGUGCUUCAGGAAAAUCCUUCAGUGAAAUCAAAUCUGUGAAAUCUAGUAGUUCUAAUAAGACAGCUAAUUCAGGAAAUCGAACAGCAUCUCCAAGUAUUACUAGUGCUUCUUACAAAAGCCCAAACUCCAAUUUUGGGAAAAACACUUCACCUAGCGUUGGAAACACAGGACAAACAGCAUCAUCACCCAUUCUUAUUGGAAGUGGGAAGAAUGCUUCACCUAGUAUCUCAAAAAGUGUGAUAUCUCCUAAUCUGAGUGCUACUAGUAAAAUUUCUUCUCCCAAUCUCAGUGGAUCAGGGAAAAUUAACUCACCUAGUUUAAGUGCUUCGGGGAAAACAUCCUCUCCAAUUUUAAGUGCUUCGAGUAAGUCAUCUUCUCCAAGUAUUAGUGGACUUGCAAAAUCCUCUUCUGUGAAUAAAACUUACAAUUCAGCAAAUAAAUCAACAUCAUCCAGUUUGUCAAAAUCUGGAUCAAGCUCAUCCAAUAAAACUUUGUCUAGUUCUAAAUCAGGAAGUAAUUUGAACUCUUCACGCUUAAAUUCAAGCUCAUCUAGUAAAAGUUCUGCUCUUUCGAAGUCCUCAUCUACCUCAAGUUUAGGUAGUGGAAGUACCAGUAUGUCAAUGUCAGCUUACCUUCCUAAUGCUCCAUCUGCUAGUAAGGUUGCCCGUCUUCCCCCUAUACCUAAACUAUCUUCUUCAUCUAAAUCUGCUUCUCAAGCUUCUUCCAUCUCUCAUUCUUCUGCUCUUCACUCACCACCUCCUCAAACCUCGGCUUACACCUCCACCUCUCAUUCUUCAUCUCAAUCUUCUAAUUCCACCACUGACUCCAGCUCCAAUUCCUCUCAUAAAAAUAAAUCCAAUAUGCAACCUAUGGCUAGAGCUCGUAAAGGAUCUCUGUCAGCUGUUAUUGACAAACUUACUAAAGCUACUGGUACUACCAAUUCUGUGAGUGACGGUUCUGGUCAAAGUGAUGCUCCAGUGAGUCGCGAUCCAAGGAUUAACAAUUCCAAAUCUGACAAAAUCUUAGAUAGAAGUGUUCAAAAUGAAAAAUCGAAUUUUAGUGAUAAAAAAGUGCCAAGACCUGAUUCCAUAAAUAUUGAUAAAUUUGGAAACAAACAAAGAUCACAAGAAAAUUAUGUCUCUAAGCCUGUUCAGAAAUCACCAACGACCAAUAAAAUGAACAAAAGUGAUUACAAUAAAAGAGCACUUAUGAACUCGGAUUACUCCACUCACAAUAAACCUCGAUCUGUAUCUGACACAGUGUCAUCAUCCCCACGUCUUAACAGCAUAUUAACUUCCUCAAAAUCUCCAACUACAAAAUCUAGUCCUGUUGGAAUCCUGAAAAACUCUCAAACAAAUUAUAAUAGUGAAGAGAAUCGAAAUGUAAAGAUUUCUGAUUCUGGGAAUUUUAAACGUGAAAGAUCUCAUACACCAACAAUACUUUCCCAGCGUGAGGACCCUCGUUUAAUACGCAAUAACUCUAGUACAAAUUUAAAUUCCAGUGCUGACAAUUCUAAAACUGAGACGGAAAAACAAAAAGUGUCUGUGCCAUCCAAUAUAGCAAGUCCCUCAGAGGGAGCCCUUGAUCUCUCUUUAUCUGAUAAAAUCAUUCCGACUUCAAAUGUUGCACCCAAUCAGGGGCUAGCAUUUGUUUCAGAAACUACUAAAUUUAAUGGAGAAGUGACUAAAGUUGAAAAGGCAUCACCGAAACCACCUACGCUAAAAUCUCAAAUUCCACAAGUGAGAGAUAAUAAUAUAAUAUCAGAGAUCCCUAAAAACAAAGCGCCAACUCCAAGUAAAGGUAGUUUUAGUCCACGAAGUGAUGCAAGCAGUCCUGAAAUUGGUUUAAUCAUUGACUGUCCAGCAUCACCAGAUGAAGAUUUGACAGCAAUAGAUACAGGACCAAAGGGAGAAAAUUGGGUGAAAUCAGACAGUAUGAGAACUGUGCAAACUCCCCCUUCAGUAAAGACUCUUUUAAAAACUACCCCUUCAAAAGAUCCCACCCCACCUGUUUUAACAGCUAGUCCCAUCUCAAAUUCCCCUUGUGAAAUAGAUGAUGAUUUGAUGGAUCAAGCCUUGCUGGGUCUAGGUGAAUAG